AUGCCCGUCUACGACGCGCCUGCUGACGAUGAUGACGAUGAUAACGAUGGAGGCGGUCGUGGGGGCGGCGGUGGCACUGGCGGUAGACCGCGACAGAGCUACAACUUCGCACCCGGCUACCAUGGUCUCGUGUACCGUGCUGCCGUGCCGGACUGGGGCGCUGGGGCGCGAGCGCAGCAUGAGGAGAAGGGCGAGGCGGAUGCUGAGGCGGAGGCGGAGGAGGAGGAUGCAGCUACCACUACCGCCGGCGAGAAAGCUUCGGGCUCGACACAAGGUGAGGAGGACCCAACAUCGGCAGAAGGCGAGUAUGUUCACGAUAAUGGUACAGAUGCGCCGCACUACAAGCUGCAGAGCAUGAAAUGGGGCCUGAUCCCCUUCUGGACGAAGCGCAACCCGGACUACGGCUCCAUGAUGAAGACGAUCAACUGCCGCGAUGACUCGCUCGCGCAGACCAAAGGCAUGUGGAGCUCGAUGAAGGCGCGCAAGCGCUGCAUCGUCGUCGCGCAGGGCUUCUACGAGUGGCUAAAGAAGGACGGCGCGCGCGAGAAGGACAAGAUUCCGCAUUUCGUGAGGCGCAGGGACGGGAAGUUGAUGUGCCUUGCGGGGCUCUGGGACGUGGUGCGGUAUGAGAACGACGACCAGAAGCUGUAUACCUACACCAUCAUCACGACGGACUCGAACAAGCAGCUCAACUUCCUGCACGAUCGCAUGCCCGUCAUCCUCGACAACGGAUCCGAGGCGCUGCGCACUUGGCUGGACCCCAAGCGCCACGAGUGGUCGAGGGAGCUGCAGUCGUUGCUGAAGCCGUUCGAGGGCGAGCUGGAGGUUUAUCCAGUGAGUAAGGAUGUGGGCAAGGUCGGCAACAACUCGCCGUCCUUCAUCAUCCCCGUCGAUAGCAAGGAGAACAAGUCAAAUAUCGCCAAUUUCUUCGCCAAAGGCGCGGCGGCCAAGAAGGGGGCGAAGAGAGAGGAGCCUGUCAAGAAGGAACAACAGCCCAAGGUCGAGGUCAAGAAUGAAGAGGGAUUUACGACCGCGGAAGACUCGAUCCAGACCAAAAAAGAAGAUUCGAAAGUGAGCAUGAAGAAGGAGAGUAAAGGCGUAACUGUAGGCAUCAAGCGAGAAGCGGACGACGAGCCGACUGGUCUGGAGCCGCCGAAGAAAGUACCUGCUACAGUGAAAUCGCCCUCGCCGCAGAAGGGCGGCAGACCGAAGAUCAGUGCUACUAGUAAUGGCACCAAGAGUCCGGCGAAGGCGAAGGAGCCAGGCACGCAGGAGAUCACGAAGUUCUUUGCGAACAGCUCCUGA